CAAGUGAACACUUUUCUUCAAUUUCGAAAAAAAUGUCGGAUUCGUCGUCAGAUGAGAAAAUGGGUCUUCUUCUCCAUUCGGAGACAGAUUUUGGACUAUCACUACUCCGUCAGCAGAACCUCACCGAGUCCUUUGUUUUCUCUCCGCUCUCCAUUGCCCUCGCACUCUCUCUUGUACACGUGGCGGCUAAAGGGGAAACUCGUGAUGAGAUCAGAAAAGCAUUGCUAAAUGGUGCAACCGAUGAGGAACUGGAACAACACUUUUCCAAUAUUUCUGCAGGGCUUCUGGUUGCAGAGAAAGGGACAGAAGUAAAUGUGGCCAAUCAUAUUUUCUCCAGAAAAACUUUUACAAUCAAGAAAUUAUAUUUGAACGAUGUUAAAAAGUUAUACAAUGCUGGAGCUUCUCAAUUAAAUUUUGAAGAUCAAGAAGCAUCUGCUGAAGCGAUUAACAAUUUUGUCAGUGAAAAUACCAAAGGUCACAUCAAAAAAAUCAUCAACCCGGACAGUAUUAGUGAAGAGCUUGUUGCUGUGCUGACGAAUGCUUUCUACUUCAAAGCCAACUGGCAGACAAAAUUUAAAAAGGAAUCAACGUACAAGCGAGAGUUUUUCAGUUCAGAAAACUCCAAAAGAGAAACUGAGUUUCUUCAUUCUCGUAAUUCAAAUCGAAAGUACUCUGAAAACGGCCAGUUCCAAGUUUUGAGUCUUCCGUACAAAGACACCAGUUUCGCUUUGAGUAUUUUCUUACCAAAAACUAGAUUUGGUCUCUCUGAAGCUCUUCAAAACUUGGACUCUGUCACUAUCCAGCAAUUAAUGUCAAAUACUUCUAACACGUUGGUCAAUAUUGCAAUGCCAAAGUGGAAAAUCGAAACUGCACUUGGGUUGAAUCGAGCUUUAAUGGCCGUUGGAAUUGAGAAAGCUUUCACAGAUUCCGCAGAUCUGAGCAACUUUGCAGAUGGAAUCUAUAUUUCACAAGCAGCUCACAAAGCACUUAUUGAAGUCGAUGAAGACGGAACUGUUGCGGCUGCAGCAACAACCAUUUCAUUUUCACUUACAUCAGUUUUUAUUCCGGCCGAAGAACCAAUCGAAUUCACUGCAGAUCAUCCAUUCCUAUUCAUCCUCUCAAAAGAUAACCAUCCAUUGUUUAUUGGGAUUCAUAACUAGUUAAUUGUUUCAUUCUGUGAUUUGUUUGAACUCAAAAAGAAUGUUCACAAUUAAUAAAUCAAUUGAAUUUUUUUUU